AUGGCCACCAACCGCGCAGCCGUAUCUUCUCCGCCGCAGCGAAGAAGGACCAUGUCCGCUCUCGAAGCCCGAAUCUCCCUCGUCACUGCUCUCGCCACCCAAGCCUCCUCCGUCUCCCAGCAACAUAAAUUUUUGGGCAUUCUAUGGGAUAUUGAUACAGAUGUGUUGAGAGAGUAUAUGAGCAAAUAUGGGGAAUUGGAGGAUUGUAUUGUAAUGAAGGAGCGAUCAACUGGCCGAUCUCGUGGAUUUGGAUAUGUAACGUUUGCAUCAGCUGAGGAUGCCAAGAGCGUGUCAUUAAGUGAGCACUUUCUUUUGUAA